GCCUUCGCCUUCGCUCGCGUGGCGGGUUGGACUUGAAACAAAAAUAAAUUUGGCAUCGUCUAGCAGAAGACGUACUUUGCCACGAAGAGGAAGCGUUAUACGAACAGAUUUUUCUCCGAAAGAAUCAAGAUGUCGAAUAACGGCGCUCCGGAAGAGAAACGAGCCAAAAUAACUGAGAAAGAAGAAAUGUCUCCAGAGGCGACUGAAGACGACGCUCUUUACCAGGCAGCACUCGAGGAAAUCGAUGAUUGCCAAAGCCAGAUUGAUAGUCUCAAUGAGCAAGCCUCAGAAGAAAUUCUUGCAGUUGAAGUUCGCUUCAAUACACUCAGAAAGCCACAUUACAGCAAACGGGCAGAGAUCAUAGCCAAAGUUCCAAGGUUUUGGAUCACAGCGUUUAUGAAUCAUCCUCAACUGUCCCUGAGUAUUCCUGAAGACCAACAACACUGUCUCCAAUACUUGCAAAAUUUAUUGAUUGAAGAGUUUGAAGACAUAAAAAAUGGUUACAAGAUCAUUCUGAAGUUUGAUCCAAACAAUCCCUACUUUGAAAAUGAUACCUUGGUAAAGGAGUACCGCCUGGAAGUCAGUGGUCAACCCAAAAGUGUAGUCACCCCAAUCAAGUGGAAACCAGGCAAAAAUAUCCUAAAUGAUAAUUCAGAAAAAGGAUCCAGGAAGAGGAAGGCAUUUGAAAACUCUUUCUUUUCCUGGUUUACUGAUUCAAAUCAUUCCAACCUUGAUGAAAUUGCUGAUAUUCUGAAGGAUGAAAUUUGGCCGAAUCCCCUCCAGUUCUUCAUGAUGCCUGAAGCCCUUUCAGAGGAAGGCGAUGAUGAUGGCGAUGUUGACGAUGAAGAAGACGAAGAGGAUGAAGAAGGUGGGGAAGUUGACGAGGGAGAUUCAAAUUACGACACUGAUUAAUCAUGUGAUGCCGUUUUUUUGCGUCGAUCCAAAACUUUGUAUUGUAUGUCAAUGUGCCGAAAAGAUGCGAGUCAGACUGAGAAUGAGCAAUGCCUUUUUUUAAAUAAAAGAAAAUCGGUAACAA